AUGGACUUUCUCCACGGCCUUUCGGGCAACUUCCUUACAAUCAUUUGCGGUAAGCAUAAGCCUCAGCGGCCCCUAAACAUCGAGGACCGGCCAGACAUCCCCCUACCGCGCGCCUAUCUCGAGGGCAUAAUCGGAGAAGUCAAGGCUCGGGGCGACCUCACUCACGAGGCGUGGGAGGAGUGUCUCACCACCCUAGAAGCGCUUGGAAGCGAAGACGAGACAAAUGCUUUUCAAGUGCUGGAUGCUAUCAACGACGCCUACCGAGAGGUGGUCGGCGAUCUUAAAGAAAUUGUGGACUUGCAGCGGGAUGUGACCCAGGACAUGAGUAUCCUGCUCCGCCCGGAGCAUGACAUGAACGAAGACACUGCUAACGAAUUAACGUACCAAGUCAUUGAAGAUUUUCGGAAGACGCUUGUCGAGGCGGACAAGACCCUCGACGGACUUGCAACCGACGCGAACAGUGAAGCUAUCCCUAGGCACAUGGGACUUGCGAAGCUCCAAGAGGUCCUCGCACAUUUGCAAACUUUCCUGGAUAGCCAAAGAAACGCCGGGAUCGUCUUUACGACAAUCUUGGAAAUUGUCAAGCUCCAGCAGAUCGUGGAGGACAAUGGGGAGGGUAAGUGGCUUCAGCCACUGAAGGAGACGCUCGGCGAUGCUCUUUAUGAGCAGAUUGUCCAAGCCGGGGAAAUCUGA